UUUUAAGAUAUAUACAAAAAAUCCAACAAAUCUUCAAAAUCAAAAUUCGAAUAUUCGUUUUAUUUAUUAUUUUCUUCUUCUUCUCCUUCUUCAAUCUUUCCUCUGUCAUUCAGAUUUGGAGAAGACAGAGACAGACAGAGAGGAGAAGGAUUCGUGUAAGCAAGCACAAAAAGUUUCCUUUCUUCUAUCUCUCUCUCUCCUUUCGACCAGAAGAUAGAGAAAAUGGAGAGAGAAGGAGAAACAACAAUCGGCGAGGUUGCUCCGGCGACUCCGAGAAGAUGUUCUCUGAGCUUUUGGGAGGUCACGACAGCUUCCGUCGUCGUUUUGGGUUUUCUUGUUGGCCUUCUUUGCGUUUAUCUCACAAUGCCUCAAUCUGAUUACAGCUUCCUCAAGCUCCCUCGUAAUCUCCAAGAUCUUCAGAUUCUCAGAGACAAUCUGGAGAUUUACACAAGUGAUUACACAGUUCAAGUUCUUGUCGGAUAUUGUCUGGUGUAUGUUUUUAUGCAGACAUUCAUGAUCCCCGGAACUGUCUUCAUGUCUUUGCUUGCUGGUGCUCUCUUUGGAGUUAUCAAAGGAAUGGCUCUCGUUGUCUCCACCGCAACAGCUGGUGCUUCCUCUUGCUUCUUCCUCUCGAAGCUCAUCGGCAGACCUUUGAUCUUCUCCCUGUGGCCCGACAAGCUCAUCUUCUUCCAAGACCAGGUUGCGAGGAGGAAAGAUGGGUUGCUGAACUAUAUGCUCUUCUUGAGACUAACACCGACAUUGCCUAACACGUUCAUUAAUGUUGCUUCUCCUAUUGUCGAUGUUCCUUACCAUAUCUUCUUCCUCGCUACAUUCAUUGGUCUGAUUCCUGCUGCUUAUGUCACUGUCCGGGCUGGGAUCGCUCUUGGAGAGCUGAAAUCAUUGGGAGAUCUCUAUGACUUCAGCUCGAUGGCGACUCUGUUUCUCAUCGGUGUGCUCUCUGUGACUCCAACCCUUAUUAGCAAGAAAAAGGUGUAGAAGAAGAAGUUCAAUGGAAUCAUAAGACAAAGCCUUCUCAUGGAUAUGAUGAUGACGAUGAUUACAAAAGCCUCUCUUGUGUGUAUAUAUUUAGAAUGUUUAGGGCCUAUUUCAAAACCCACCUGUUCUCUACAUGCUUUUAAACUUUUUAAAAAAUGUACUAGAAUGCAUCUCAAACGGGUUGCACUUGCAUGGGCCUUUUAACAAUAUGUUUAUAGGGCCUAGUUUAUAAUCAAAAUUAUCCAUAAAAGUUGUCUGA